AUGGGUGAACUAGGAGCGAAACUUGGUCUCGAUGAGCUGACUGGAGGAGCUGCCGGCAUCAGCAAGGCAUUGCUGGCGGAGUUUAUCGGUAAUCUACUGCUGAACCUGUUCGGUUGCGGCGCUUGCAUCAACAUCAUACAGGGCUCCAGUGCUCCUCCCAACAUCGUGCUCAUCGCCCUUGCCUUCGGUCUGGCGGUGUUCGCCAGUGUAUCGGCUAUAGGACACAUCUCAGGUGGCCACAUCAACCCAGCCGUGACCCUAGGUCUAGCGUCAACGGGUCGUGUGAAGAUUGCGCGUGCGAUUCUGUACAUCAUUGCGCAGUGCGCUGGAGCGGCCGCUGGCUCUGGUCUGCUAAAGGCUCUAACUCCUGACCGAGCGGCUGGAACCCUCGGGACCACCGGCCUCGGCGCUGACGUCACUGCACUGCAAGGCUUUGGAAUUGAGUUCUUCCUCGGAUUCGUGCUCAUCUUUGUCGUGUGUGGGGUAUGUGACCCUAACAAACCUGACAGCAAGGCCACAGCUCCCCUGGCCAUUGGCCUGACGGUGACGCUCGGCCACUUGCUCGCUAUCGACUACACCGGCUCUGCCAUGAACCCUGCCCGCUCCUUCGGCUCAGCGCUCGUCGCCAACGUGUGGACUGACCAUUGGGUAUACUGGGCGGGUCCUAUUGCCGGUGGCAUAGCGGCUGCGCUAUUGUACGUGCAUGGAUUCUCAGCCCCCGCUGUAAGCACGCCCCCGCGCUACCGCUCCGUCGCAGGAGACGAGAAAGAGCUGAAGAGGCUGGACGGUAAAGGCGAAGACAUGGCUUGA